AUCUUCAACUUCUUUUCUCACACACCCUCUUGUUCUUCUUCUUCUUUGUUAUCAUCCUUCACCUAUUACAAGCCACUUCAUCCACACUAUAACACAAACAUGGAACUAAGCACCAUGUUUUGCUUGUGUGCUUCUUUUCUCUUCAUUGUCCUCUUCAGAACACUCAUCAAAUCCAAACGCCGUGGUGACUUGCCACUCCCUCCUGGCUCCAUGGGUUGGCCUUACAUAGGAGAAACCUUUCAAAUGUACUCUCAAGACCCAAAUGUCUUCUUCACCUCAAAAAUUAAAAGGUAUGGCUCCAUGUUCAAGUCCCACAUUCUAGGUUGUCCCUGCGUGAUGAUUUCCAGCCCUGAGGCUGCCAAGUUUGUGCUCAACAAAGCUCAACUCUUCAAGCCAACAUUCCCAGCAAGCAAAGAGAGGAUGUUGGGAAAACAAGCCAUUUUCUUUCACCAAGGAGAGUACCAUGCUAACUUGAGAAGGCUCGUUCUUCGCACCUUCAUGCCAGAGGCCAUAAGAAACAUCGUACCCGACAUUGAAUCCAUUGCCCAAGCUUGCCUCAAAUCAUGGGAGGGUCGUUUGAUCACCACUUUCCUUGAAAUGAAAACGUUCACUUUCAACGUUGCUCUGCUUUCGAUUUUCGGGAAAGAGGAAAUUCUGUACAGAGAGGCUCUGAAACGGUGCUACUACACUCUGGAGCAAGGGUACAAUUCAAUGCCGAUUAACGUGCCGGGAACGCUGUUCCACAAGGCGAUGAAGGCAAGAAAGGAGCUUGCGCAGAUCGUGGCCCAAAUAAUCUCUAGCAGGAGGCAGAGGAAGCAAGAUUACAAGGACUUGUUGGGUUCGUUCAUGGGUGAGAAAGCAGGGCUCACCGACGAGCAGAUAGCAGAUAAUGUAAUUGGAGUCAUAUUUGCAGCUCGUGACACCACGGCCAGUGUGCUGACGUGGAUAGUCAAGUACCUUGGCGAAAACCCUAGUGUCCUAGAAGCUGUUACUGAAGAACAAGAGUGCAUAUUGAAGAGCAAGGAAGAAAGUGGAGAAGAUAAGGGUCUUAAUUGGGAGGAUGCCAAAAAGAUGCCAAUAACUUCAAGGGUUAUUCAGGAGACUCUCAGAGUGGCUUCAAUUUUGUCUUUUACCUUCAGAGAGGCAAUAGAGGAUGUUGAAUAUCAAGGGUAUCUUAUACCAAAAGGGUGGAAAGUGCUCCCUCUCUUUAGGAACAUACACCACAGCCCUGAAAAUUUCAAGGAGCCAGAAAAGUUUGAUCCCUCAAGAUUUGAGGCUGCUCCAAAGCCCAAUACUUUCAUGCCAUUUGGCAGUGGGACCCACGCUUGUCCUGGAAAUGAAUUAGCCAAGUUGGAGAUUUUGGUCCUCCUACAUCAUCUGACCACAAAGUACAGGUGGUCUGUUAUGGGUGCAAAAAAUGGGAUUCAAUAUGGUCCUUUUGCUCUUCCCCAAAAUGGCUUACCCAUCACAUUAUAUCCCAAGAAGUAGAUAUAUCAUCACUCAAACAAAUCACACAUCCAAUCCAAUUAAUUAUCCAACCCUGGUUUUAUAGUAGCUUUCUAAAUAUGGAAAGAAUGACUUCAACUCUAAGCUCUCAAAAUUGGUUUCCACAUUCUCCCAAGAUAAUGAUAAAUACCAACAGAACCAUAUUGCAAUUGGAUAACCAAACAAGGGAGAUCAUCAAUCAACUCUUCCUUUCUUUUUGGCCAAGAGAAACCCAAAGGGGUAGUCUUGACAAAUAGCAGCAUACAAACAGGGAUGUCAAGUGUAUAUAGGAGGUUUCAUAGCCAAGAGCAGAUAGUAUUUAAGUUCUUUUCAUUUUCUUCACUUUUUCUUAUUUUUAAUUAUUCCUUCCAAUAUGAGGAAAAGUCCUCAAAAGAUUGUAUUGAUAAAUUCAACUAAUUAGUUCUGUAUCCAUAAGAAUGCCGCAAGGCCAAAAUAAAGGGAAAUAUUGCUACCGA